AUGCUAAAGGUUAGCACUUGUUACGGUCUACGGUUGGACCAGCGUAACUCCACCGGCAGUGCUCCACCAUCUAGCUGGGUUGGAACAGGGCUCGCUUAUGAACCAGUCGGAGGACACGGAAGCAGCACCGUUGCCCGCGGUAAUGGAAGAAUGCAUCGUCCAGUAGGAAGACGGGCCACGAGUCCUGAUAAAGUCUUAGCGAGACUGUUUAACCCGGCCUCCAUACUGCCGCAUACAGGGCAAACCACGAUCUGGUCGCUCUACCCUCUCUCCAUCAGCCCAUUAGCCCUUACAAACAUCCACGACCCGCGUGCUUCACCGAAGCAAGGAUUUGUUACGGUCUAUGGUUGGACCGACGUAACUCCACCUGAGGUACUCUACAAUCUAGCUAGGUUGGGGCAGGGCUCGUUCACCGACCAAUUGGAAGAUAUGGAGGCAGCACAGCUGCCUAGGAUUACGGAAGAAUGCACUGUCUAG